AUGCUUCGAACAACGAUUCCAAGAAGCUGCAUGACCAGAAUCCGAACUCCUCAGUUUUGCCAAUCAUUCGUCACGGUACGGCCAAACUGGAGUGAAGGCGACACUGGAUCAAUACGCGCCGGAGGCGUUGCCGCGAGUGACUCAUUCAAUCGCCGCGAACAAGUCUUGGAGAACAUGUACUUCAAGCAACACGAGAUAGAAAAUAUUCGGAAAAUGAGAGAAAAGCUCCUGGCCCAGCGGAAACACCUAGACGAGGUCGAGAGCCAUCUCAACGAAAUGGAGGCCGCUGCAAUCAAAAAGGCGGCAGAUCAAAAGUUGUGA